CUUACAAAUAGUAUUAAGGGACCUCGACGAAUCGAAACCUGCACUUGCACGACUCGCAAUUCUCGGCUAGGCUUGCUCGAGAGCCAGGACCCAUAUGGAUAGGAGCGGCUUCACCCGGAGGCAUGGCCAAUCAUGCUUGCUAGGGCAGUGGACUGGCAGCUGUAGACCAAACUCUGUCGUGUGCCAGGCGGGUAGGCAAGCGGCGAGCCGCCGUGUCUGCCCCGUCAGCGCGUGGCCGCAGUGCGCAAGCAGCUUGCGUCAGCGUUCUGGCUGCGCUGCUUCCGGCCCUGUGCACACGCACCAUGAAGCUGCCAGCUGGUCGGCAAGCGGCCCCAGCGUCAUCGGCGCUGGCGCCAGCAGCGAUGGCGACGCGCAGACCAGCUCCUCCCCGGCGGCAGGGGCAGCAGCUGACUCGCCGCCGGCGCAGUGGCAUGACGGUGACGUUCUGGAGCUGACCCUGGCAGACGGCCGCAGCGUAUAUGCGGAGGUGGAGGUGCCGGGCGCAGGGGCAGGGGCAGUUACUGCAUCUGUGUCAGGUACGGGAGCAGGUGGGGGCCGUGGAAGCUCAGCACAAGGACGUCAGCGCCAGCAGCAACAGCAGCAGGCACGGCGGUCAGGACGGCACCCACCUGCACCACCACCCGCAGUGGCGGCUGUGGCAGGAGCCAGCGCCCCCGCCAACUUCUCACCCCAUGUCAUAUGUAAUGGCGCCCGAUACAAACUGGAGGCGCACGAGGGCCAGGCUGCGUGGGUGCUGCGGGCAACGUCAGGCGCGCUUGCGGCCGGGGACCCCCUGUUGGCCCUGAUGGCCACACCGCCCAAGCCACACACUGCCGCGCUGCGGGCGUGGGCGCCGCUGGCGUCUCAGCUGCUGCGACCUCCGGCGGGAGCUGCCCCUGCAGCACCGGGCUCGGUGGACGUGACCGCGCCAUCGGCCUCCAGCUCGCCGCCAGCCCCAGGCAGGCGCGUUGCGCCUGUGGGGGCGGUGCUUGAUGGCUGUGCUGUGACGACGGUGCGGCGUGUGGGUGGACUGCAGGAGCUGCAGCAGCAGGUGGCAGACAACCCCAGUCUGUGGUGUGACGGGUCAGGCCCUGGCGAACCGCCCCUGACCCCCGACCAGCUGGCGCUCUACACGGCCGCCGAGCUGGCGUGCCUGGCCGCAGGGCGCCGCGGCGUGGUGCUGCUGCAGCUGCACGUGGGCUGGCAGCAGGCGGCCGCGGCGCCGCCCUACGGCCCCUUCAAGCCGCUGGUGCUGCGCCUGCUGCGCCAGCUGCUGGCCAGCCCUGGCAAGGAGCUGCAGCUGGUGUCAUUCGCCAGCGCCGCGCCGGACCCAAGCAGUCCAGGCGGCAAGUCAUCCGCGGGACUGACCAUGGUGCUGUGUGCGGACAAGGAGCCGUUCAGGUCGUGGGGCGCACACCUGGCCGGCUUUGGAUGUCAGGCCGCACUGGAGGCCCAGUCCCCCUACUACAAGGCGCUGAUUGGGCGGGUGCUGGGCUACAGCCCCGACAACAUCGCGCACCACAUCCGGGAGAAGCACGGGGCGCCGCCUUCCUCCGAGGUACUGGCGGCGGUGGAGCGGCAGCUGGGCGCCCUCAGCACAAAGCAGCCGCAGCUGCCCUGGACGGCGGGGGCGAGGGGCAGCCGCAAGAAGGCGGCUGCAUAGCCGCAUGCCUUGUUGGGCUGAUGGCGGUUGUAAACUAUCAGAGAUUCAGAGCGCGGAUGCCGGUAGUGCACGUUACAGUUGGAAUGUCGCCAGCUGUGAAAUCUCAGGACUGAUGGCGGUAGGUCAGUAGGUGGUCGCGAUGCGGGCACAGCGGCAGCGACACAGACA